UGUUAAGAAACAUUCUAGUAAAGAUAAAGGUUUCACAGUUGCAGUUGAAGGAAAUAUUGGAAGUGGGAAGAGUACCUUUUUACAGUAUUUUAAAAAUUUUCCAGAAGUUGAAUUGAUACCAGAACCUGUCAGUAAAUGGAAGGAUGUUAAUGGCUUUAAUACUUUGGAAAUGAUGUAUAAAGAUGCCAGCAGAUGGAGUCUGGCUUUCCAGUCCUAUGUACAGCUUACAAUGGCAGAGGGACACAGAAAAGAUGUAAAAGAUAAGCACAAGUCUAUAAAGAUGAUGGAAAGAAGUAUAUUUAGUGCCAGAUACUGUUUUGUAGAGAAUCUCAGGAGACAAGAUCUGAUGGCAGAAGUAGAUUACUGUAUUUUAUCAGAAUUUUACAAAUGGAUUUUAAACCAUGAGGAUACAAAUAUGGAUCUCAUUGUUUACCUUAGAGCAGAUCCACACAUUUGUCAAGAGAGGAUCAGGAAGAGAAACAGACAUGAAGAAAAAGACGUGCCAAUUGAAUAUUUACAGUCUUUGCAUGACCUACAUGAAGAUUGGUUGAUGCAUCAGAAACAGUUUGAACUUCCUGCUCCAGUAAUUGUGAUAGAAGCUAAUGAUGAUAUAUCUAAGUUGUACCCAAAGUUUAAUCAAUGUAAAGAAGAAAUUUUCUCCAAAAUUCAAUCUUUACCAUCGAUGGAAGAAUUGGAGAAAGACAUUUUCAAAGAAGUAAACCUGUCAUAGCAUUAAGGAUCAUCGGGGAAAGUAAAUUUUAUGUAAACGUACAGAUAAAUAGAUGUAUCUACAUAGUGUUGAUGUGUAAGAACCAGUUAUCUACAUUUAUACAAACAUACAUGUCAGUGUCUAUAUACCAUGAUUACAGAUAUUUGUAAGUAAAUUGUUUUUAGUCUCCAUCAUGUGGUUGAGAGUAAGAAUUUAAAAUUAUUUCAAGUAGUUAAAACCUCCUAGAUUUUCUUUCUACUGUAAAUUCAGAACAUUUUUCGAUGAUUUUAUUAUUAUAAAAAUUGUGGCCGGAUAUGUUGGAGAAAAAAUAAAAUCUCUCAUUUAAAAGUUUGUUAGCAAUAUUUGUAUGCAACAUUGUCUGCAAUAGUUAAUUUCUUAUUUUUGUCCAUUGUUUAACAAUAGUAAUAAGGGCUAUUCCAUUAAAAUGUAUGUGGGAGGAGGGUAGGAAGGGAAGUUUAAUUAUUGAAUGUGGGUCAUGGGUCUUUUUUUUAGUAUGCGUCUAAUACCAUUAUGCAAAAUUAUCUAAAAAAAGGUUCUUGGUUUAGGGAUAUUUUGAAAGUCCCUUCAUACCCUCCCACAUACAUUUUAAUAGAAUAGCCCUAAUGAAUUUCUGAAUUUACAGUACAUGUAUGAUUUUUACAGGUCUACUGUCUUUAAAUUUUGUCUCUCUAUUAAUUUUUAUGGAAACUCAAAUUAUUUUGAAGUAAUGUUAAGACUUAAUCAUUUUUUAACGACUAUAAUUGUAAAGGACAGUAAGUAGUUUUAAGAACCCUAUUUUAUAAGUUCAUUUUCUGAAAUAAAACAACAUACUUUCUUUGUCAUUUGAUUAGUUUUGCAUACGUAACAUACAUAUCCUUCCCAACUUCCUCAUUUUUUCCUGCAUUAAUUUUAAUGGAAUAACCCAUGAUAAAUAAUAUAAUUAUGAUUGUUUUAGAUAAUUGGCAUUGAAAUGGUAAGGGCUGUUCCAGAAUUAAAUGCAUGGUGGGCAUGGAAGGCCCUGUUAAAUUUUACUUAUAAUUCUUGCAAAGUUCUAAAGAAAAUGCAAACCACCCAUAUUUAAUUAAAAUUUGUGCC